AUGCGUCCUCACCUCCCCCUCCUCGCUUUCCUUUUGGUCAACGCCGUGCCUUCCGAUGCCAACCUAUUCGCACGCGGCACAGAGUCCCUGGCCCGCACAGCGAAUCGCUUGCAUCACCGCGCCGCCAAACGCAGUGCGGGGCUCGCAAAGGACCUCCGCCGCGCAUUCUCCGGGAUGUACUAUCAGCAGGAGCUCGCUUCGACCGAUAGCUCGCAGCGAGUCUACUGUGUCAACAACGCCAGCGGACCUACCCCCUCCGGGAGCGGCUCAAGUAACGCGAACGGUACAUCCUCGUCAGCGCGGUCGUCAGCAUCCAGCUCCGCGCAUGCCAGCUCGUCCGGGACCGCUAAGGCUUCGUCAACAGCUCCAUCUCCUUCAUCAACCAGCUCAGCGCCAUCGAAGUGGAAGCUCGUCCAGUCAUACGAAGGAGAUUCGUUCUUCGACGGCUGGGACUUCUUCACCGGCGACGACCCGACGCACGGCGUAGUCGACUACGUCGAUCAGGGCACCGCACAAUCCUCGAACCUCACCUCAAUCAACUCGGCCGGCCAUGCGAUCAUGCGCGUCGACACGACGCCCAUCAUCUCCGGCAACCGCAAGUCGGUCCGGAUCACGACGUCCUUCACCUACACCGGCGCCCUCGUCCUCCUUGACGCCGUGCACAUGCCCACCGGCUGCGGCACCUGGCCCGCGUUCUGGUCCAACGGCCCGGACUGGCCCAACAACGGCGAGAUCGACAUCGUCGAGGGCGUGAACGACUACGCCAACAACCAGGCGACGAUCCAUACCGCGCACGGGUGCACGAUCCCCAGCGCGGACAGCGCGAAGCUCGGCAUUUCUGGCGACGUCGUCGGGGGCACGAACUGCGCCGCGGCGGAGACGGGCAACGCGGGGUGCGGGAUGACCGCGACGCAGAGCAACACCUACGGCGUCGGGUUCAACAGCAACGGCGGCGGCACUAUGCAAUGGGUGGACAGCGGCAUCUCCGUCUGGUUCUUCCCCCGCAACAACAUCCCCUCCGACAUCUCCGCUGGCUCCCCUACCGGGAACAGCUGGGGGACGCCCAUGGCGUUCUGGCCCGCGACGGACUGCGAGCCCUCCAAGUUCUUCAACGCGCACUCUGCCAUCUUCGAUACCACCCUCUGCGGUGACUGGGCAGGGAAUGUGUGGAACGACGCAGGCGCGCCCGGUCAGGAGCAGAGCUGUGCCACUCGCGUCGGUGUCUCGACGUGUGAGGAGUUUGUGCAGAACAAUGGAGCUGCGUUCGCCGAUGCAUACUGGGAAGUGAACUAUGUCAAGAUCUUCCAAUAG